AUGGAUUUCGCUUGUUCGUCUCUACCUCAAGCUCACAAGGUUAAUCUCGCGCGCCAACCUUCUUCUCCGGUCAACUCCUGCUCCCUCGGUUCUGUCUCCGUUAUCGGAUUCUCGCUUCCGCAAUUCACCUCUCCGUCUCUAUCUAAAUGUCUCCGAAAACAGAGCUCUUACGGCUCCGUUAGAGCUUGCGUUGCUGUUGAACAGAAGACCCGAACAGCAAUCAUCAGAAUUGGCACAAGGGGAAGUCCUCUAGCACUUGCUCAAGCAUACGAGACACGUGAAAAGCUCCAGUCGAAACACCCGGAGCUCACUGAGGAUGGAGCCAUUCACAUUGAGAUCAUCAAGACCACCGGUGAUAAGAUUCUCUCUCAGCCGCUUGCUGAUAUUGGUGGGAAAGGGCUUUUCACCAAAGAGAUAGACGAGGCCUUAAUAAACGGUCAUAUCGACAUAGCUGUCCAUUCGAUGAAAGAUGUCCCUACUUACCUACCGGAGAAAACGAUUUUGCCUUGUAACCUUCCGCGUGAGGAUGUUCGAGAUGCGUUUAUUUGUCUCACUGCAGCUUCCUUAGCCGAGCUUCCGGCUGGAAGCGUUGUUGGAACAGCUUCUCUCAGGAGAAAGUCACAGAUACUCCACAAAUAUCCUUCAUUAGCUGUUGAGGAAAACUUUAGGGGUAAUGUGCAGACAAGACUAUCGAAGCUUCAAGGAGGAAAGGUCCAUGCAACUCUGUUAGCACUAGCUGGUCUUAAGAGAUUGAGUAUGACGGAGAAUGUCGCAUCUAUCUUAUCUCUCGAUGAAAUGCUUCCAGCUGUUGCUCAAGGAGCCAUCGGAAUUGCCUGUAGAACCGGUGAUGAUAAAAUGGCAAAUUACUUAGCCUCCUUGAACCAUGAGGAAACAAGACUAGCGGUUGCAUGCGAGAGAGCGUUUCUUACAACGCUAGAUGGCUCAUGCCGUACUCCUAUUGCUGGGUACGCAGCCAAGGACGAAGACGGCAACUGCUUCUUCAGAGGAUUGGUUGCUUCCCCUGACGGUACUCGAGUUCUUGAGACAUCAAGGAAAGGUCCAUACGUGUUUGAAGACAUGGUGAAGAUGGGACAAGACGCAGGGCAAGAACUGCUUUCUCGUGCUGGUCCAGGCUUCUUCGGCAACUAA